UUCGCUGCGCCGAAAAAGUUGUUUCGCGAAUUUCGAGAAAUAAUAUGAAGAAGAAAAGUAGGAGAGAAGAUUCUGAACCGAGUGUUCAGGAAAAUAAAGAUUGCUCAUUUCAGAAUGGCAAAGUUUCGCCUGCAACAAAAUGUGACUUCUCGAAUCUAGACGAGUCGCAGUUGCAAGCAAAUAAGCAGAAGAAAGGAAAGUUUAUGGGAUUUUUAACUAAUUUAUUCCAUAAAUUUUUGUUGUGUUGUUGCAUUUCAGGCGAGAUUUCUGGUUCCGAAACUUACGAACCGGAAAAGAAACUCGCAGAUUCAAAGCAAGAACACGACCGUUUCGAUAAAGCCAAAUAUUAUAUUGGCAAGUACAAAAUUACUAAAGAAAUUGGACGUGGAAGUUUUGGGACUAUUUAUUUGGCUAAGACCAAAUAUUCUAGAAAGAAAAAGGCUUUAAAAGUCGUAAAGAAAGUCUCUUCUUCUAAUCAGUUUGGUGAAAUCCGGAGAGAAACAAUCGUUUGGAAUUGCGUGUCCGCCCAUCCAAACAUUGUCAGAUUGAUUCGAUUCCUGCAAACUGACACAGCCUAUUGCUUUGUCUCGGAUUUUGUCCAGGGAGAAACUUUGACCGAAUUUAUACAAAAGAAUGGCCCUAUACCGGAGAGAAAAGCAAAAGUGUUUGCCGCUCAAGUGGCCUCUGCUAUUAUGUAUAUUCAUAGUAAUGGAAUAAUACACCGAGACAUUAGUUCAAACAACGUUAUGUUAGAUGUGUACAAAGGUGCACAAGUAAUUGAUUUCGGUCUAUCCACAUACGAACAAAAUCCAAGAGAUUAUUGUGGAACUUUAUCAUUUAUGUGUCCGGAAAUUCUCCAGAGGAAGCCUUACGAUUUUUACUGUGACUGGUGGGCUUUCGCCAUCGUGUUAUUUCAAGCGUUGGUUGGACGAACUCCUCUAGAGAUUUAUGUGAAAGAAGCUUUCGAUAUUGAUAACGUGUAUUUAUUGCCCCGUUACGACCGGAUAAGAGCUGCUCUAAAUGUGAAGGUGUCGUAUCCUCCUGGGUUAUCGGAUGAUGCCAGACAUUUUAUUUAUGACCUAUUGCAAAAGGUAAGAUUAUACUUAAUUGUACUUAACAAAUUCAGAUUUGUCUCUCCCCGUUUUAUGCACGAAAUGACAUUUAUUUACAAACCGAAGCAUGUAAUUCUCUUAUGUAUCUACAUUCGACUUUUCUCUGUUGCCAAAAACAAUGAUUAUAUACGGCAAAUUUUGUGUUUUUUCUUGUAUGAAAAGCAUUCAUUCAAUUAAUAUCGUUAAUUGUAAUCAUACGGUCUUUCUGUGGACUUUCAUAAAUCUGUUUAUAAUUAAUUCACUGAUGAUAUUCAAUAAAAUGU